CACGCGUGAACAAUGGCAGCACCACCCUUGCGCUCUUGAUAUUGUCUGUCCUCGUUUGCAUAAACCCACAGAAUUUGUGUGCCUUCGCCUCUUCUUUUGAUAAUGCUGUAGGCUUCCUGUAUUAUUUUACCAGCCGUGCCUUCCUCAUCUCUUGCCCCAACAUGGCCUCAAACGGAUCAGCGACUGCGUCGCACAACAACAUCUCUUAUGUAAACCGCCCAGCGUCGCAGGAGUCGCGGAGCUCAGAGCUUGGUACAGACCUACGUGCACGAGAGGCGCCAAAUUUCCAAACCAAGCCUGUCAAUCAUGUGCCACCAGAGUUUUUCUUGAACGGAACACGCUCACUUGCAGGCAUCGGGCUGCGAGCUUUCUUCUUGGGCAACGCUGCGCUAGCAGGCUUCCUUCUCGCGGCACAACUCGCAUACCAUGGCAGCCACCUAUGGCGACCAUCUCUUUUCCUUGGAAUACUCUCUAUAUUCCACUUCCUUGAGUUUUACACCACAGCUGCAUACAACACACCUGAUGCGAAGAUAAGCUCGUUCCUGCUCACCAACGGCUCUCACUAUCGUAUUGCGCAUACAGUAGCUUUGUCCGAAACCAUUAUCACAUCCUACUUCUUUCCAAGAUGGCAGUCUAGGGUCCACUCACCAGUGGCUGUUCUUGCAGGUGUGCUUAUGGUGGUGGGGGGGCAGGUGGUCAGGAGUACUGCUAUGGCGCAAGCAGGCACAAAUUUCAACCACCAGGUCCAGUCGAAGAAGAACGAAGGCCAUGAGCUUGUGACCCGGGGCUUGUACGCGCACUUCCGUCAUCCAUCAUACUUUGGCUUCUUCUGGUGGGGCGUUGGCACUCAGGUCAUGGUUGGGAACACCGUUUGCACCUUGGCAUUUGCCGGGGUCUUGUGGUAUUUCUUUAUGAAAAGAAUCGACCAUGAAGAGAGACACCUCGUUCAAUUCUUUGGCAAGGACUACGAGACGUACCGAGCGAACACACGCGUCUGGAUACCUUUUAUCUAAGUAACUAUGGAACAAUAGGAGAAGCUGGGGGCAGGUUGCGACCGGAUUGUGUGCUGCCUGGCUAAAGCCUUACAUAUCUCCCCAUCAUAUCUUGCUUCGCACGCGUCCAGCCACAUCAAUCGAGUA